UGACCCGUGUUGAGUGCUUCAGACAUUUUUCAUGACAUAGAAGACGAUCAUGUUCACCACGCACCUGUUCAUCACCAUCGCCAAUGCUGCUCAAUUAUAGCUCACAGUUUCUCUGCUUCGAGCAUCGCAUUCCUCAUUCUCAUUCCAUAGAUCCAUAGUCUGUACCGCACCGCUUGCGCGAUGGGCUUGUCGCGGUACAUCGAAUAUUUGGUUCUUACUUGCCUCGGAUGGGCUCCUCUCCUUGCUGUGGUGACCUACAAGCACGCCUGCAGCAAGCCAUGCUAUUACAUUCAUCAUGUUUGGACUGAAAAAUUGCCCGCAACCACUGCAGCAAAAUUACAACUCAAAAACUCAAGUUUUCUGUCGAGGUCUCCAGCCCUUAUAUCUGUUGAGAAUGGUGGCAACUUCUCGGCUCUACAUCCCCAAGGCACUUGGUGGGGGCUCAUGCAAACCUAUCCGCCUAUCCUCGAUUCGAUUUGGUCAGCAUCUGAUACCAAAGAGUUUCCCAACCCGGCGCACGUCAACGAGCUUGUAUGCGAAACAGACAACGUCCGGAAGCAGAUUGAGGAUAAUCGGGACAAGGGCUGUGCCACUACUGUCUACCUUUUUGUCCUCGUCAUGUGGACUCUGAUGAAACUUGCCCAUGACUGGGCUUUGCUGGCAGAUGUAGCAGAAGACUUUACACUACCGAUCGACUGGCUUUCGUGGGCUUUUCACUUGCAGGAAUCCUUGGUAGCCAUUCGCUGGGCCGCUGCUGCGACCGGUGUUUUUGUCUCCAGAGUGCCUGAAGGUAAUGGUGCUUGGUAUUACCAACUGCAGCCUUUCCCAACUUUGACGGCCUUGGGUGCGGCGCUUUUGCUGCUAUACUUUAGUCAUGUGAAGAUGAACAACUUGGUCCUAUCCCUUGUGAACUACUAUUGCAAAAUAUUCAACGUGCCAUACGGGGCAGUUAAGGGCAUAGCUGCGUCGCAGCCUUUGCUGACCAAAGGAUUGCAUGGAGAUUCCAUGUUCUACCUGCACCUGCACCACAUCAGCAGCUUGAAUGUCGAAACCGGAAAACUGGCUGUCAGCCAAGCUUGGUCUUUGGCCCCCGUGGUGUUCCUCAAACUUGCUACUCUGCUGGCAGCUGCUGCGACUCUGGUCAUCGGUGGCGCUUUGGCAGCUUCUGUGCUCGUUACUGUGAUACAGGAGGCUCUUUCAGACUGGCGCAGUCUUCGGGCCAUUGACAAGCUCACAGUAUCUGCUCAACUUCUCCUUUCUACUGCAUUGCUUCUGUUGGCGUUGAGCACGUCUGGUGGGGCCUGGAACAUAACUCAGGGCAACGUUUGCGUUUGCCCAUGGUUGCCCGGGCCUCAGCACAUCCUGAUCAGCCGAAGAGCUACGCAAGCGGUGCUUGUGGACCUGAACUUCCGUAUGCGCUGA